AUGGCAACCAUAAUUAACCACCAUAAAACCACCACCUACACAGCCUACGACGUAACAUGUUUCGGCCACCGUGUUCGAACCAUCGUAACGAGCUGCGCCACCGUAGUAACCUCAUGGAUCAACCACAUAAAAUCUAAUAAUACUCAACCCUUAAUAGUUGGCUUAGACACUGAGUGGCUUAACCCUAUAGCAACCCUACAACUUUGUGUAGGGCCUAAUUGCCUCAUCUACCAGCUAAUCCACUCCCCUUGUAUUCCUUCCACCCUUGAGGACUUCUUAAGGGACCCACAUUGUAAGUUUUCCGGUGUCGGAAUCGCUGGUGACUCUAAGAGACUUGAAAGAGAUUAUGAUCUUAGGUUGGAGUGUAUGGUGGAUGUGAGUAAGGUGGCGGCGGAGAUGGAGAAAGCGAGGCCGAAUGCCGGGCUUAAGGAGGUGGCUAUGAAGGUGUUGGGGUGGGAGAUGGAGAAGUGUAAGGAGAUUACAUUGAGUAAGUGGGAUAAAGAAGUGCUUGAUAAACGUCAGGUUUUGUAUGCUUGUAUUGAUGCUUUUGUGAGUUAUCAUAUUGGUAAAGAGCUUGUUAUUGGUGGUCAUAAUUGUGUUGUAGAUGAUACAAUUGAUCAUAAGGUUUUUCGAGAAAUAGGGUAUUCAUGUUGGUAA